GAGGUCUCUGAGAUCAGCAAACGCGAGGUUCACAAAACCAGCUAGGAGGUGAUCUCUUGAAAUUUCACAACCAAUCCACAUGCCGCCAUGACAUCCGAAGAGAGCAUAAACCUUCUUGCCGUCGUCAUUGACACAAACCCAAUAGCAUGGGCAACCGCGGCGCAAGACUCUCGGUGCCCGCUAGACUUUGGUCGAGUCCUAGAGCAAUUGCUUAUUUUCAUCAACGCCCACCUCGCCUUGCGGUUCGACAACGAGUUGGUGGUAAUCGCCAGUCAUACAAACCAGAGUCUCUUUCUUUACCCUCCACAACUGUCUGAUACAGACCAACCACCAGAUGCUUCUUCCAAACCGGCCAAUACAUAUAAGCAAUUUUUCGAUGUCAAUCAAGCAGUCAUUAAAACCUUGAAGGAUUUAAUUACCGAAAGCAAAUCGCCCGAAGACGUUGAUGAUAAAUCGAUGCUUGCUGGUUCCCUCUCCCUAGCACAAACAUAUAUCAAUCGAAUACGGCGAGCAAAUGAUCCAACGCCAUUACAAUCCCGAAUCUUGAUACUAUCCGUCUCUCCUGACCUACCGUCUCAGUACGUCGCAACUAUGAACUGCAUAUUUGCUGCUCAGAGAGUGGGUACACGAAUAGACGUUUGUCGCUUUCGUGGGAAGCACUAUGGGGAGGAAUCGGUGUUCCUUCCUCAAGCAUGUCAUCUCACAGGUGGACUUUACAUGGAAAUACCAGAAGCUGAAAACUUGCUUCAAUACUUGCUGUAUGCUUUUCUACCUGACCCGUAUAUGCGAUCCGUCCUUUGUCUACCGGAAAAAGAUCAAGUCGAUUUUCGGGCUGCUUGCUUCUGUCAUAAGACUGUGGUCGAUGUCGGCUAUGUAUGCUCCGUAUGUUUAUCAAUUUUUUGUAGUGUUUCCAAACAAUGUCCUACAUGCCAGACGCAAUUCGGUGGGCAAUAACUGUUCAUUCCUAAGAUAUACUGCCGCCAAAUGGCCUUCUACAUGAUCAUCAUAUGUCAAUAGAGGUAACAAAUAUAAUGCGCGAUUCAGCUUCUAAAAGC